AUGGAUGUCAUUGUGGCACCAAGCAAGUCAGUUGUCAAUCAUCUGGUACAAUCUUCACAUAGCAAUCAACUCAGCAAUCUGGUCGAACUCGUCGCCACGGCGGCCCUGGCGCAAAAGGGAAACCUUCCAGCAACAACUCGAGAAGAAAGAAAAAAUGCCAUUGGUACAUGCCGGGGUGGCUGGCCAUGGCAUGGGGGGGAAUACAGAACAAGCUGUGCAGUACAGGUGAGCUGCCGCACAAAGGAAUUCUGCGUCGAUCUCAUGAUGUUCCAAUGCACCCCCAGCCGUUCUGGGAUUUUGGAGGAGGAUGGGGAGACCUAUGAUGACUCGAAUGAUGAUGAUGAUACAUGUACGAACGAUUUCCUUUUGGAUGACAACACGGGUGACAGUGACAGCAGGCAAGGCGACCGACUCGUGGGUCGGAUCGUUUGCAUCUAA